UACGUUUUUUUUUUUACUAAAUUCAUCCCAAGAUGGAGCAUUUGCAUGAAAAUAAAGAGCAAAAACCUGGAAGAGAAGAGCAGAAAAUGGAGAAAAAGAUUCACAGUGUUUAGCUUUGUGGUCGUCAUGCAUUGAUUAUAUCACGGGCCGUACAAGACCAGACCGCGUUCGUACACCGCGAAGCUUGAACCCUUUAUAAAACCCUGCACGUCUUUCACCUCCUCUCGGCAUUCAUUAAACGCAGUGCAUCCAUCCUGCGUGAUCCCUGGCAUAUUCUCUCCCUCCGCUUCCUCCAUAGCCGCCGACUAAAGAGAAGUAGACGCACUCCGCGCGAAGACAAGUGAGAUAGAAGUAGCAGCUUCUCUUUUACCUCGUUUUUGCUCCCGGGGCCUGUCCAUGCAGUGGUGGACACAGUCGUCAUCCUUGGAUCAUCGCCCACGAUCAUCGAGCAGGAGUUUUGGAUUGAUCAUCCGGUAUUGGAGUGCGAUGGAGAUAAACUCCAGCAGCAGCGGUAGCAGUAGCAGCAGCAGCGGUGUCGGAGACAAGAACUUCAUCCAAGUGAGUGGCAUCGAUGCUUCUCCAUCCCCUUCCUCCUCCUCGCUGUUGAUGGUCAUCGCCCACGGCUCCGGAUCGGCGAGCUGGAUGAUUAGCAUCGCCCUGCUGCUGGCCUGGUGGGUGUUUCUCCACAGGCUGAGACAGCGGCAUCUGGCCGGGCCCAAGACGUGGCCGCUGCUGGGCUGCAUCGUGGAGCAAGCCCGCAACUUCGACAAGCUCCACGACUGGCUACUCGGCUACUUCAACAAGACGCUCACCUUCUCCGUCCCCAUGGCCACCAUCAACAACACCUUCACCGCGAACCCGGCCAACGUCGAGUACAUCCUCAAGACCAACUUCAACAAUUUCCCCAAGGGUGACAAGCUUUGUGGGAGGUUUGAGGAUCUCAUGGGUCAAGGCAUUUUCACCGUCGACGGCGAGAGGUGGAUCCACCAGCGCAAGGUUGCCACGGCCGAGUUUGCGUCGUCCAAGCUGCGCGAUUACAGCAUCCACACUUUCAGGGACAAGGCGCUGCGGCUGGUCAAGGUGCUGGACUCGGCCUCGCGCUCCGGGAAGCAAGUCGACCUCCAGGAUCUGUUCAUGAGGCUGACACUGGACUCGAUAUGCACGGUCGGGUUUGGAGUUGGCGUUGGGUGCCUGUCGCCGGAUCUGCCGUUUGUUCCAUUCGCGGCCGCGUUCGACGAGGCAAUGCGGCUCAUCAUCCGGAGAUAUGUGGACGUUUUCUGGAAGAUCAAGAGGGCCGCGAGCAUUGGAUCGGAGGCCCGGCUCGCGCAGUGCCUCAAAGUGGUGGACAGUUUUCUCUACCAAGUUAUCAACCGGAGGCGAGAGGAGAUGAAGAGACUAUCCUCGGAGGCUCGAGCGGACUUGCUAUCGCGAUUCAUGGUGCUGGAAGGCGAAGAGGCCUACACCGACAAGAUGCUGAGGGACGUUGUGAUGAACUUCAUGGUGGCGGGGCGAGACACCACCGCGCUGACGCUCUCGUGGUUCUUCUCCGAGCUUUGCAAGCACCCGGAGGUGGCGGACAAAAUCGUCGCCGAAGUCUCCCAGGUUCUAGGAAGCAAGCAGCAGAAAAUUCCCAAGAUUUCCGACAGGAGCAGCAGCUUCGACUAUGGACUGGAGCAGGAGAUCCUGGAUCUUGCGGAGCUGCUGGACUACCAGACGCUCAACAAGAUGCAGUAUUUGCAUGCCGCUCUCACGGAAGCUCUCCGGCUCUAUCCAGCAGUCCCUCUCGACACCAAGCAAGUUAUCGAGGAUGACACGCUCCCGGAUGGAACGAAAGUCCGAGCAGGCCAGUUCGUGAGCUACGUUCCAUACAGCAUGGGAAGAUUGGAACACAUAUGGGGACCCGACGCUACCGAGUUCAAGCCAGAGAGGUGGCUCAACUCGAGUGGUGUCUAUCAACCGCAAUCUCCAUACAAAUUCACAACUUUCCAGGCCGGGCCACGAAUGUGCCUGGGAAAGGACUCGGCAUAUCUUCAAAUGAAGAUGACCACCGUGAUGCUGCUCAAGCUGUUUAACUUCAGCCUGGUAGAAGGCCAGAGCCUCGACUAUAGAAUGAUGGCAGUGCUCUACAUUGCCGAUGGCGUCCAAGCCAAAGUCACGAGAAGGGAGUGAAGAAAAGAGUGUGGAAGCGAGAUUCUUUAUUCAUCCUUUAGGCCUUAGUUGCAAUAACGAGAUCGAUGCAGCUUUGCAUGCUUGUGUGCAUACACCACCCUCGAUAGUUCAUCGGGAUAAAUUAUUACGCAGAGGUGCCUGAGGAAUGAGAAACGAGAAAAGCUCGUUACUUUUG